AUGGGCACAGAGUUUGACAUGGAAAAAUACGGGCAUAUGCCUAGUGAACCUUGUGAUCCCGGUUCUCUAACUUCUGGUUGGUCAUCUGCCACAACAAAUGCCAGUUCUAUCCCCUCGUCACUCAUUUCCGAAAUGGACAACCUGAACAUCGACCAAGGUCGUCUCGAACGUUAUGCCGCGGAGGCGGGUGAUGCACGCUUUAUGAGUGAUAAAACAUUAGAAUCUCAUACUAAAUCAUUACGAGAAAAGGCUAUAUCAUCAAUGCUUAAAAGGAUCAAAUCCGCAAUGAAUGUUGACCUUUGUUACGUCUUGGAUUGUACCGGUUCUAUGUAUAGGCACAUUUCCGCUGCCAAGGAUUGCAUCUUACAGGUAGUAAGCUACAUGGAAAGUACGAAUCCGAGUAUUAAAAUUCGCGUUGGCUUUUGCGGCUAUCGUGAUCACUGCGAUGGCGAUGACAAACUUCAGAUUUUCGAUUUCACAAACUCAUACGAUCAAUUCAGAAACAACAUAUCCGAGAAGGUAUCAGCCAAAGGUGGAGGUGAUGGUCCAGAAGACGUCCUAGGUGGACUUGACGCGGCCAUUACUCAAAUGAGCUGGCUUCAUACUACUCGCGUCAUUUUUCACAUCGGUGAUUGUCCUCCGCACGGUCGUCAAUUCACCACCAUGUAUGAUAGUUAUCCGGAAGGCGACCCGAACGGCCUAACUGCGGAAAGCGUGCUGGAAAAAAUGCAAUCUUCAAACAUUCUUUACUUUUUCGGGAAAAUCACACAUCAUACCGAUAAGAUGCUUAGCAUAUUCCGUGAUAUAAUUGGCGAGAUUCAAGUGUUUGAUUUUGAUUCCGUGGAAUUAAUUUCCAAAUAUUUUCAAGCCACCUGUUUGACGAUCACUUCCUCCGUUUCGUUAACCGCUACUUUGGGAAAUGACGUAUACUCACUACGACGGAAAGAGCUUGAAAUAGACACGGAAGAACCCGAUUGGGAUACGAUUGAGGAGCAAACUGGAGCAGUUUUGCGAUAUCGUCUCCCUAAAACACUUGACGACAUCAUGAACAAGGAAUAUUUUCAAAAAUCAAAUGCUGAUCUCCAAAAUCUCUCUUUCAAGCUGGCCCCAAAGCCAUUCUCCGUUGGUGCGGAACGAUAUGCAUAUUUUGCCCUAGAAGUCAAGCGCGUACCGGCUGAGAAAGUGGUGAUAAAAGAAUACCUUGAGAUUGGACGAAAGGCGAACUCGGUUGAACGGUAUCUUGAGGCAGUGGAAGUCUCUGCAAUCGCACAUUUCCUUUCCAAACAAUUCAAUAUCGAAGCAAAACGGGUCGGAAUCAACAAAAAGGUGAAAUUUCUUCAGGCGAAACUCUUGCGUAGUACUACCACCGGAUUUAAAAAACAGUAUUAUACCAUAGAGCCUAAUCUUCGAAAUGCAAAGUAUAAACGAUUCAACGUGAACAGUGGUAUCAUUACCGAAUUUCAUUCCACCCUUGAAGCGUUCGCCCAUUUCACGUAUGAUUACACCGAGGGAUAUUUAUUGGUUUAUGAUCUACAAGGGGCCGAAUUCUCGGAUCAGUUCUUACUGACAGAUCCGGCUAUACAAUGUACUGAUUCCUUACGGUUCGGGAGAACUAAUCUAGGGAAGAGGGGAAUCGAGGAUUGUUUCCUUGCAAAUCAUAAGUGUAGCAGUGUUUGCAAGAAGUUGGGGUUAGAUGUCACAACAUUACCGACCAUGACCUAA